AUGCCGCCCCUGCUGAAGGCCAAAACGGUUCCAGCAGUCUUUGAGCAUGAGCGACUGCCCCCUGUACUUCCUGUGCUGCUAACCGAUACCAAUAUGUUCUCGACCAUACAAGGUCGACCCCCACCUGUUACGGAGGUUGACUUCUUGGCCCAGGAGAGGCCCCAAGAGUUUGCCGGAGGCCCAGUGCGGACUCCAAAGGUUACGCGUCAUGCUCCGGUUCCGUACCGGCGCAGUGUCACCUUUGCAGAAGAACCAAGGAUUCGAUCAGGCCCAUCGACCUCAACGGACGGACAGCCACUCAUAGCCAAGCCUGCUGGUGAAGUUGCACGGCUACAGAGGGGCGGCUACAAUUUGAAUGAUGCUUUGACGGGCCUGGGGUGGAGCACCAAACUUAUUGAGGAGGUAUCCGAUUUUGUAAAGGACAAGGCGGAUGCAAUGCUUGAUACUACGCAGUCAUUGCAGUCCCAGAACCGCGCUAAAGUGGACAAGCUGAAGAAAGUGGUUAUGGAACAAUAUUCGUUCCUCUCUCGAUACGAGAAGUGCUGGCCGGUCCACGACAUGUUGAAGUGCCAUCUUAAAUACACUCGUACGAAGAAAGGCAGCCAGAAGACCCGCAAAGGGAAGGGAAAGGCGGUCGAGACAGCCUCUAAUAGCCAGAAGAGCAAGCUGAGAAGCAGUCGCCAGACUCCUUCCUUGUCUGAAUCGGAAGACGAAGAUGUAGAGUCAGAGGACAGCUCAGAAUGA